AGCUAAAGAAUAUGGUCUCCUAAAGCAAUAAAGCUCCCUUGCACAUGAAGUCAAGCACUUUUUCUUCUUCUUGUCUCUCUCCUCCUUUCUUUACCCUUCCAUCAUCCAGCCAAAAACUCCACUUCUCUCUCCGCGUAUACACACACACAGACACAUAUAUAUCUGUAUGAACACACUGUAACUCUCAAACCCAUAUCACAAACAAUGUGAUAAUCCAUCCUAAAAUUCCCAAAACCCAAACUACACACACAACUUCUUCUUCUCAAUCUUCACACCAUGUCUAAAAUUAGAAAACUGAUAGUUGAAGUGAUCGACGCUCGAGAUCUCCAACCCAAAGACGGACUCGGGACGUCGAGUCCCUAUGUAGUUCUCGACUACUACGGGCAGAGGCGUCGAACCCUUACGGCGGUUAAAACCCUCAACCCGACGUGGAACGAAAAGCUUGAUUUCAAUGCUGGAAAAACCUCCAACGUGUUCGAAGACAUACUCGAGGUCGAGGUUUACCAUGACAAGUUGAUCGGACCGACUAGUCGGAACAACUUUCUGGGUCGACUCAGACUCAGUGCGAGUCAAUUCGUCAGCAGUGGUGAGGAGGCUUUGAUUUAUUAUACUCUGGAGAAGAAACACUUGUUUAAUUGGAUUAAGGGUAAGUUGGGUUUGAAGAUUUAUUAUGCGGAUGAGGAAAUUCCACCACCUCCGCCGCCGCCGCCGCCGGCCGUGGAGGAAGUGAAGCCACCGGCGGAGGAACCCAAACCGGCUGAAGAAGCUCCGGCGCCGACAGUGGAGCCGCCGUUGAAUGGCGGUGAGAAACCCAGUGAAGAACAGCCGCCACCAGCACCGCCGCCGCCACCUCCACCUCCACCACCGGAAAAUGCUGCGGCUGAAGUGGAAAAGCCGCCGGAAUCUGAACCCCCACAACAAGGAGGUGGGAAUCCAGUGGAACCAGCACUGCGGCAACAGCCAAUACAGCCGGAUAUUUUAAUAACGAGAUCAGUGUCCGAUGUUAACAAUCUUGGUUUCAACGGUCCUAGGCCUAUCCCUCGCCUAUCUUCAGUCGCUUCAGUCAGUAGCUUCGCUUCGGAUAUUUCGAUCGAACGGACCUCGUUUGAUCUUGUCAACAAAAUGCAUUACCUCUUUGUUCGGGUCGUGAAAGCCCGUUCACUUCCUACAAAUGGGAACCCGGUUGUGAGAAUAAGAGUCUCGGGUUGUCAAGUACUAUCCAGACCCGCUCGAAAAACCCCUUUAUUUGAGUGGGACCAGACGUUUGCCUUCGCCCGCGAUGCACCUGAUGAGUCCUCCUCCGACUUGGAAGUCUCGGUUUGGGAUCCACUAAAGUCCAGCUCAGCAGACCUUGGAUCCGACGUGGCAGGGCAUAACUUCUUAGGUGGGUUAUGUUUUGAUGUGACCGAGAUCCCCUUGCGAGACCCACCAGAUAGCCCUUUGGCCCCACAGUGGUACAGAUUGGAAUCUGAAGGUGGUGGACCUCACAUGAGCGAUCUGAUGCUUGCCACGUGGGUUGGUACGCAGGAAGACGAAUCAUUUCAUGAUGCGUGGAAGACGGACACAGCCGGUAACCCCGGUUCUCGGUCAAAAGUGUACCAAUCGCCAAAGCUAUGGUAUUUGAGACUAACGGUGCUCGAAGCCCAAGAUAUCUUUCCGUUAAUUCCGUCAAAAGAAUUGUCUCUCCAAAUCAAAGCCCAACUCGGUUUUCAAGUUCUGAAAACCAAACCCUCCAUUACACGUAACGGAUCUCCGUCAUGGAAUGAGGAUUUGAUGUUCGUAGCCGCCGAGCCGUUCACAGACCACCAACUAAUAAUUUUUCUAGAAAAUCGGCAACCAAAAGAAUCGGUGAGACUGGGGGUUGCUACCAUACCACUGAUGUCCAUAGAGAUAAAGCUUGAUCGCCUGGUCGCAUCAAGGUGGUUUAGUUUCGAUGAUCCAAACGAAGAAAAGAAGAAAUACAAAGGUAGAAUCCAGCUACGGGUCUGCUUUGACGGUGGAUAUCACGUGAUGGACGAGGCGGCCCACGUAUGCAGCGACUAUCGUCCGACCGCGAGGCAACUUUGGAAACCCCCGGUGGGAAGAGUCGAGCUAGGGAUCGUUGGAUGCAAAAACUUACUACCCAUGAAGACAAUCAACGGUAAAGGAUCCACCGACGCCUAUGCUGUGGCAAAGUAUGGGAACAAAUGGGUACGUACACGUACGAUCUCUGAUAGUUUGGAACCUAAGUGGAACGAACAGUACACGUGGAAGGUCUAUGAUCCAUCAACUGUGUUGACUGUUGGGGUGUUUGAUAGUUGGGAAGUAUUCGAGAUGGACGGUCCUAAAGAGUCCACGCGUCCAGAUUUUCGUAUUGGGAAGGUACGGAUACGUAUAUCUACUCUGCAAAAAGGUAAGGUGUACAAGACUACAUAUCCGUUAAUUUUGUUGACUCAUACUGGGUUGAAGAAAUUGGGUGAGAUGGAGUUGGCUGUACGGUUUGUUCGUGAAACUGCGACGCUUGAUUUCUUACACGUGUACUCACAACCAUUGUUUCCAUUAAUGCACCAUAUCAAGCCACUUGGCGAGGGACAACAAGAGAUGUUGAGGACCACAGCUGUGAAGAUCACGGCCGCACACUUGGCAAGAUCUGAGCCACCACUUCGACGAGAAGUGGUGACGUGUAUGCUCGAUGCGGACUCGCACGCUUUCAGCAUGCGGAAAGUGCGUGCUAAUUGGUGCAGGAUCAUCAACGUGGUGGCUGGGGUGACUGACGUGGUCAAAUGGGUGAAUGACACGCGUGCAUGGAAGAACCCGACUGCCACGUUGCUAGUCCACGCAUUGCUAGUGAUGUUAGUGUGGUUCCCUGAUCUGAUUGUCCCCACAUUGGCAUUCUACGUGUUCGUGAUCGGAGUGUGGAAUUAUCGAUUCAAGUCGAGGGACCCACUACCCCACUUUGAUCCGAAGAUCUCGUUGGCUGAGUCGAUCGAUCGCGAUGAGCUCGAUGAGGAGUUUGAUGGGAUGCCGAGUAAUAGGCCGCAUGAAGUGGUUCGGGUGAGGUACGAUAAGUUGAGGAUGCUUGGGGCACGUGUCCAGACAGUAUUAGGUUAUUUCGCGACGCAAGGGGAGCGUGCACAAUCGUUGGUGACAUGGCGGGACCCACAUGCCACGGGGAUAUUUGUGGUGCUGUGCUUAAUUGUUGCGUUGAUUUUGUACCUGGUACCAUCCAAGAUGGUGGCAAUGGCAUUUGGAUUCUAUUAUCUUCGGCAUCCCAUUUUUAGAGAUCGAAUGCCAACUCCGGCAUUGAACUUUUUUAGGAGGUUGCCGUCUCUCUCUGAUCGGAUUAUGUAGGUUGAUUUUUACUAAAAUAAAUUAUGGCAUUAGUUAAUAAUAAUGGUUGAAAUUCAUAGAGUAUUUUGUUGAAGUAAAAAAACUGAGCCUAUGAUCAGGUUAUGCAGUUUUGAUUCUUAUUA